UCUCAACGCCCCGGUACACUGUAUAAUUUGUAAAAAUUUUGCUCAAGUUGUGCAAAAAUAAUUAUUAUUCUUACAAAUAAUUAUAAAUGUGCUAAAUUAUCCUUAAAUGAAACUUUAGUAUCAUUUAAAAAGUUAAUCCAAAAAAAAAACUGGUGUCGCGUUUUUAACCGCACUAGCGGUACUUUUUGAUUAUAAAUUUAUUAAAAAAGCAAAGAAAAUGUUUAAUUUAGUGAUGAGAUGUUUCUUUUCACCUCGUCUCUUCAGAAUCUAUGGACAAGGACCAGACGGAAGUGUCUAUGAACCAUAUGGGCCUGAGAAAGUUGCCAACAAAAUUUUAUCAACCGCACAAACAGUAUUCAAUUAUAGCAUUUAUGCAUCACCAUUUAUAUGCAUGUAUAUUUUUAAAAGAGGAUUCUUCUCAUGGGAUGAGGCACGGUUCCUCUCCUGUGCAUUUGCCGGCCUUGGAUGCUUUUUUGCUUUUACUUAUUUUUUGAGAGCUAUUGGGAGAGCAUGUAAUCCAGAAUAUAUUGAUUUUUUGAAUAAUCUCAACACACCAAGUGACGAUCAAAGAGCGUAUUUAGAAAGGAUCAGGAAAUAUGAUUUUGAAUUUUAUGCUUGGGCUCCUACAUUUACAAUGGAACAAAUACCAAGUUCAACUUGGCUUGAUAACAAACCAUUCAGUAACUGCGCUAAUCCAGAAUUACCAUAUUAUCAGAGAGUCACUAUACAGAUACUAGCAUUUAUUGCUUUACAUACAUUUGCACUACGGCUCAUCUACCCAGGCAUGCUUAACUUCAUUGGAAACAUGUUGUGGCAAUCCCUUACUGAUGGGCGGGCUUAUCUUGUUGAGACAUAUAAUGGAAAGAGAGCGAAAAUAAUAACAUCUGAUGGCAAUUCCAUUGAUACAAUGUUCGUCGAUAAUAGGCUUGAUACUCCGAAAGGCAAUAUACUUGUCAUUUGUAGUGAAGGAAAUUCUGGCUUUUGUGAAAUUGGCAUUAUGACAACACCAAUUAAAGCUGGGUAUUCUGCAUUAGGAUGGAAUCAUCCAGGAUUUGCUGGAAGCACUGGUUCACCAUAUCCUCGCCAAGAACAAAAUGCUAUUGAUGCUGUUAUACAGUAUGCCAUUAACGAUCUGGAAUUUGGGGUUGAAGAAAUUGUAUUAUAUGGCUGGAGUAUUGGAGGUUAUACAACUACAUGGGCAGCCGUUAACUAUCCGGAUAUCAAAGGAAUUAUUUUAGAUGCGUGUUUUGACGACCUGCUGCCCUUGGCUCAAAAUCAGAUGCCCAAGUCUUGGACCCUACUUGUAAAGGAAGUUGUACGAUCUUUUGUAAACCUGAAUUUAGCUGAAAUACUGCCUAAAUAUUCUGGACCUGUGCAGCUAGUGCGACGGACUGAAGAUGAAGUUAUUUGUAUUAAGGAAAACCAACUGGCAUCAAAUCGUGGAAAUUUUCUGCUAAUUGCGAUAUUGCAACAACGUCACCCGGAGCUAUUCGAAGAAGAAUCGGAUAAACCUGUUAUGGACGUUCUUCAAGCAUGUGUUGCUUUAUCAGAUCAACAACGUAUUGUCAUGUCCUGCGGAGAACUACCUGAGAUCAAGCGAAAAAUUCUACCAAUGAUCUCCAGGUACAUGCGUGAUUUUCGAUCAACCCAUUGCGCCCCGUUGCCAGAGGAUCUGUUUACAUCAAUAAUGGAAACAAUUAUUAAUGAUAAUUAAUAAUGUGUAUUCCUGCAGCUCUUACUAGUACUAUUGUAAUAGGGGUGACAUAUUAAAUAGCUGUGGCUUGAUGCUAAAAAGGCCAAUGUAUAUUUUUGAGUAAAAUGUAAACAUUUUGGCAUUUGCCAAAAUAUUUAAAAAUAAUUAUCUUGUUCUGUUCACUGUUUCUGAUAUAAUUUGACCAAAAGAAAUUAAUGUUAGACUUUUAGCACCAGGCCACAUGUAAUUUGGAAAUAUUGUGCUAAAUUCAUUAUUCAUUGCAGAAAUAUUAUAGGUAAUAGUCAGAUAUCUCAAAUAUUACAAUGUUAAUCACUUCCUCUAUAUGCUUAAUAAUAAAUAUUACCAUAUUAAUAAAAAAAUAAAAGAUAUUCUCUAUCUCACUAUUCUACUAGUAAAAAUAUUUACUGUUAGAAUUAGGAUUGAUGUGUAGUACUCAAUUUUUGUCAUUCAAUGUUUAAUCAAUGUGGAUAAUGAAUAUGCAGUAGAUAUUUGUCCUGAAUGUGAAUUUUAAUGAUAAUAUAUUAAUCAUCUAAAUGUCUCCUUGCUCUAUUACUUAUGUAAUUGAUUACAUUAAUUGAUAUUGGUUUUGUUGGUGCGGAGAACUUAAGAAUAACAAUUAUUUGCUCAUUGGUAUAACAUACCUAUUUAUUAUGAAGUUAUCCUGAAAACCAUUAGGUUUUGUUGUUAUUAUUUCCAAGUUACUAAAGUAUAUAUCUACAUCUAUUUAGUAAAUGUACUAUUUUAAUACUAUUUAUUGUAUUUUUGUCGUGGUAUAAGAAUAAAUAAAAUA